UCCAGGGUCUUUUAUGGCUCUUCAGGAAGGUUAUUAUAAAAUAUGUUCAGAAAAAUUCCAGAAAGUUAAUCCUUUUAUACUGCACAUACUCCAAAAGGUGGAUGAAGAAAUUAAAAAGGGGCUCAAGGAAAGAAUCACAGUGAACAUUGCAGGUAACAACCGCUUAAUCCCAGUACAAAGAGUGACAGGUGAAGAUUUUUGUGUUGUUGCUCAAAUUCUAAAGAAUCAUCCAUCUAUUAAUGGUUUGGAUGUUAGAUAUAACCUCAUAAGUGAUGCGGGCGCACGCUAUGCUGCAGAACUACUUCAGAAACAACUGUAUCUCAUUUACCUGAACCUUAUGUUCAAUGACAUUGGGCCAGAAGGUGGAGAACUGAUUGCCAAAGCGCUACAUGAGAAUACAACUCUAAAAUACCUAAGAAUGACUGGAAAUAAGAUUGAAAAUAAAGGUGGAAUGUUUUUUGCUGCAAUGUUGCAAAUUAAUUCAUCUUUAGAGAAAUUAGAUCUGGGAGACUGUGAUCUGGGCAUGCAGAGUGUGAUAGCGUUUGCCACAGUACUAACUCAAAACCGAGCAAUGAAGGGAAUGAACUUAAGUCGACCCAUACUCUAUGGUGAACAGGAAGAGUCCACAGUCCAUAUAGGUCAUAUGUUGAAAGAAAACCACCACCUUGUUGAACUACACAUGUGCAAGCAUGGUAUAAAAAACUAUGGCUUCCAGCAGUUAUGUAAUGCGCUCUAUGUUAAUAGCAGCCUACGCUAUCUUGAUGUCAGCUGCAAUAAAAUAACUCGUGAUGGGAUGGUGUAUUUGGCUGAUGUACUGAAAACCAACGCCACCCUGGAAGUGAUAGAUAUUUCUUUUAACAGAAUAGAAAAUGCAGGCGCCAACUGUCUCAGCGAAUCUCUUACUUCACACAACAGGAGUCUUAAAGCACUGUCCAUAGUCAGCAACAGCAUAGAAGGAGAGGGGCUGGUGGCGCUUGCGCAGUCGAUGCACGAAAAUCCUGCACUCUCUCACAUCUACAUUUGGGGAAACAAAUUUGAUGAGGCUACGUGUGUGGCAUAUUCAGACUUAAUUAAAAAGGGUCGCUUGAAACCAGAAAACACAGAUGUGGAGCCAUGUGUGGUGGAUGGACAUGUGUAUCUUGCGGAAGUCUCCAAUGGCCUUAAGAAGCAUUAUUACUGGACCCCAACUUAUGGAGAUGUUUAUGGGCACUCCACAAAUGCAGGGUUCGCUCUUGUUCCAGUAGGCCAAACCUUAUGAAAAACAAGCUGUAAUUUUCACAUACUGUCUUACUUUUCAGAGAUUAGAUAUAUAGCCUUUCUUGUUUUUUUAAAUUAGAACAAGUUAUUUUUAUGAAAUACUUUGUGUAGCUGUGCACUGUGGAAAAACUGUAAUUUGUGUAAGAAAUUUUACAAUAUAAAGACUAAAAAAACUUAACCCUAAAGAUGCCAGGGAACUGCCUGAGUUCUUUUUAUAAUGAAAAUAUAGCCAAGUAGUCUAAAAAUAUACAAAUAAAAAUCACGAUAGAAAACUGAAAGUUGUUAUGAAGGUGGUAGAAAGGCUUCAGGUAGUAAAUUCGCAGGGAAUGUUAUUAAGCAGUUUCAAAAGUUCAGGUUUAAAAAAAAAAAGGUUCAGACACUGAACGUUUUCUACAUGUCCUAUUUAGAUGUUACGGUCAGGAACUAACAACAUGUUCAACAGGUUCACGUGAACAAACAUAAACCUGUGUGUGUCCAGUUGCAAAAGAAGUCAGUGCUGCCAGCUCUCCCACCUCCUCAGAGACAGCCACCAUCUUGACUUCCAAUACUAGUUUUGCCUA